AUGGCUUUCAGAAGUUCUCGAGCUAAGAAGAUAUCGAUUCCUUAUCCGUUGAAAGCUCAGGAUCGUGACCCACCAAUACCUCACGUCAGGCACAGAUUAAUUCUUGGAGUUAAUGCUCAUCCUGGCCAAGUAGUUUCAUUUGUCUCCGUGAAAAAUGCCAAUCCCAUGACAGCAUGGAUCAGCAUGAUCAGAGGCAACCUUGGACAACCAUAUAUGCUACUAUCAGUAAUUGGAUUACCAGGCGCUGAAAUUAGACUACAUUUCAUUGCCUGCGCUGUGCCUCUUCAAAUUUCCACUACUGAAAGACCCACGACAACUUCGAUAAUCACUACACCGUCACCUACACCAACGCAUACACCAGGACCAACUGGUACAGGCACUCCUACAACAACACCUUGGCCGACAACUACAGGAUCAACUACUACAGGCAGUCCUACAACAACACCUCGGGAAACAACUCCUGGACCAACAACUACAGGCACUCCUACAACAACACCUUCGGAGACAACUCCAGGACCAACUACUACAGGCACUCCUGCAACAACACCUUGGCCGACAACUACAGGAUCAACUACUACAGGCAGUCCUACAACAACACCUCGGGAAACAACUCCUGGACCAACAACUACAGGCACUCCUACAACAACACCUUCGGAGACAACUCCAGGACCAACUACUACAGGCACUCCUGCAACAACACUUUGGCCGACAACUCCAGGACAAGAUACUACUACGACUAGCCCUGCACCAUCACCUACACCAACGUAUACUCCAGGACCACCUAAUACAGGCACUCCUACAUUACCGCCUGCAAAGACAAGUACUCCAGGACAUGAUACUAUUGCGAGCAGCCCUGCACCAUCUUCUCCCUCGAGCAGUUCAGCACCAUCUUCCCCCUCAAGCAGUCCAGCACCAUCUUCCCCCUCAAGCAGUCCUGCACCAUCUUCUCCCUCGAGCAGCCCUGCACCAUCUUCUCCCUCGAGCAGCUCUGCACCAUCUUCUCCCACAAGCAGCCCUGCACCAUCUUCUCCCUCGAGCAGCUCUGCACCAUCUUCUCCCACAAGCAGCCCUGCACCAUCUUCUCCCUCGAGCAGCUCUGCACCAUCUUCUCCCACAAGCAAGCAGCCCUGCUCUUCUCCCUCAAGCAGCUCUGCACCACCAUCUCCUUCCUCAAGCAGCCCUGCUCCAUCUUCUCCCUCGAGCAGUCCAGCACCAUCUUCUCCCUCGAGCAGCUCUGCACCAUCUUCUCCCACAAGCAGCCCUGCACCAUCUUCUCCCUCAAGCAGCUCUGCACCACCAUCUCCUUCCUCAAGCAGCCCUGCUCCAUCUUCUCCCUCGAGCAGUCCAGCACCAUCUUCUCCCUCGAGCAGCUCUGCACCAUCUUCUCCCUCGAGCAGCUCUGCACCAUCUUCUCCCUCGAGCAGCUCUGCACCAUCUUCUCCCUCGAGCAGCUCUGCACCAUCUUCUCCCUCGAGCAGCUCUGCACCAUCUUCUCCCUCGAGCAGCUCUGCACCAUCUUCUCCCUCGAGCAGCUCUGCACCAUCUUCUCCCUCGAGCAGCUCUGCACCAUCUUCUCCCUCGAGCAGCUCUGCACCAUCUUCUCCCUCGAGCAGCUCUGCACCAUCUUCUCCCUCGAGCAGCUCUGCACCAUCUUCUCCCUCGAGCAGCUCUGCACCAUCUUCUCCCUCGAGCAGCUCUGCACCAUCUUCUCCCUCGAGCAGCUCUGCACCAUCUUCUCCCUCGAGCAGCUCUGCACCAUCUUCUCCCUCGAGCAGCUCUGCACCAUCUUCUCCCUCGAGCAGCCCAGCACCAUCUUCCCCCUCAAGCAGCCCUGCACCAUCUUCUCCUUCAAACAGUCCUCCACCGUCUUCUCCCUCAAGCAGCCCUGCACCAUCUCCUCCCUCAAGCAGCCCUGCACCAUCUUCUCCCUCGAGCAGCCCUGCACCAUCUUCUCCUUCCUCAAGCAGCCCUGCUCCAUCUUCGUCUUUUCCAUCAAACAGCUCUGCACCAUCUCCUUCCUCAAGCACCCUUGCACCAUCUUCUCCCUCGAGCAGCCCUGCACCAUCUCCUUCCUCCAGCAGCUCUGCACCAUCUUCUCCCGCAAGUAGUCCUGUACCAUCUUCUCCAUCAAGCAACCCUGCACCAUCUUCUCCUUUAAACAGCCCUGCACCACCUUCUCCGUCGGCUGAUUCUUCGAGCAGCAGCUCAGAGUCGUCAUCAAUGGAAGAGGACUCAGAUGAGGACUGGUAUGAUAGUUGGACGAACUGGAUUUUGCGUUAA